UUGUUUGAGUCAACUCCGAGGCCACGCCUCUGUUUCUGUUUGAUACAAUGACAGUCGCUCCCGCACUCAUCUCAUCUCAUCACUCGGCGUAUAACCCGACACGACUCUACUCAACGUAACAGAGCAGUCUGAGGUCCAGUCAUCUCAUACUGACUCACUCCAAGGUGUCCUGACACAGCUAGUAAAAAGGUUGCACAGUGAGCAUGAACCUGAGCCUCCCUGACCAGAACAUGCACAACCCCAGUGACGGUGGUCUGGAGGAUACCAAAGCUGGGCUCAUGAUCCCCUGCUUCCGUAGAAACAUGUACGAUGAGCCUCUAAUUUCAUACUCCAAUGGAUCCAUCAUCUCUCACCUCCUGCGCAAAACCAUCCACAACAAGAAGGCUCUGGACGAAAGCCAUUUCUACCUACCCACAUCGACUGUGUCCAGCUCCACAAUGGCUGACUCCAGUCAGGAGGACCAGAGCAGUAUCUCGUCCAAGGACAGCGCGGCAGAGUAUGCAUCCCCAGGCAGGCACCUCUCGACCAGGGUCAGCCCUGAGGAGGACAGGCCCCUGAGUGAUCACCUCCAGGCCAAGCGUGCCCGUGUGGAGAACAUCAUCCGAGGCAUGGCGGGGUCUCCCAACAGCAGGCUCCAUGGGGACAGUGAAAGGGCUGAGUCAGACACCAGGGAGGCUAGAGAGGCCUACAGGGAGAACAAACGUAAACAGAUGCUCCCCCAGCAUCAGGAGCACAGUCUCAAUGCGGCAGCUCCAGCUAACAGAGGCAGCAGUAGCAGCAGCAGCAGUAAGGAUGAAGAGUGCCACAAGCUGAAGGUGCAGCUCCAGAGCAUGCAGAGAAUCCUGAGACAGCUCCAGGAUAAGUUCUUACAGGUUUAUAACCAGGAAGACGCUGUGCACGAAGACAGGGAUGGCACAGGCACAGCCAGCCCUGCUGAAAAUGAUGACACCACACCAAGCAAAGAGUCUGGGUUCAUGUUCCGUAUAAACAUGGAUGAGGAGUUGGAGAGGAAGCAUGACAGUGGUAAAGGGGGCUGUAAGGACAGAGUGAAGACAGACAGAAGUUAUCUGACGCAUCAAAAGGAAGGCAAGAACCUACAGGAGACUCUGAAGCAUGAGCUCUCCAAAGCGAUGAGUGAGAGUGUUGAUAGGGUGUUCAAGAAACUCUCCUCCACGGGGCUCAACCAGUCAUCUCAUCAGCGCAUGUGUCACACCCCGGAGCACGUCAUUAUGGGAGCUGAGAGGAAGAGCCAGGUACCCUGUAACCAGGAGCAAUCACACACUGAGGAGCCAGUCAAACCCCAGGCUCUAGAGCACUAUGAGAGAAGUGAGGCUCGCAGUCCUGAGGAUCAGACCGAAGCUCUGUCUCUAGUGGUCCGUAAACCGCCCCUGAGCCAGCUUAGCUCAGUUACCCCGACGGUGAAGAGGCCCUAUCCCUUACACCAGUCUCCAUUCCAGUUCAACUACAGCACACCUCUCCAUGACAGUCAAAUGCUCGAACACCUCCUUAAGUACGGGCCCCACACUAACUUCGGAGGACUCCCAUGCUUGCCCCCAUCCAUGGACAGAACCUCACCAAACUCGGUGGACCUACCCUGGGAUUCCAUCGUCAUGAGGUCCAAAGUGACAUCCAGCCACCUGGCCCACCACCGUCACCCAUCAGGCCUGGGUCCUGUGAUUGUGGACAGUCUGUGUCUCCCUCAUGUCAAGAUAGAGUGUGGGGACCUGCAGAGCAUAGCAGAGAGAAACUCCUACAUGUCUCUCAAUAUCCAGCAAGGCCUAACCCCCAACCAUCUGAAGAAAGCUAAACUGAUGUUCUUCUACACUCGUUACCCCAGCUCCAAUGUGCUGAAAACCUUCUUUCCAGAUGUCAAGUUCAAUCGCUGCAUCACCUCUCAGCUCAUCAAAUGGUUCAGUAACUUCCGGGAGUUUUACUACAUCCAGAUGGAGAAGUUUGCCCGCCAGGCCAUAGUGGACGGCGUCACGGAUGUGAAAGACAUGUCCAUCAGCAGAGACUCUGAGCUGUUCAGAGCCCUCAACAUGCACUACAACAAAGCCAAUGACUUCCAGGUUCCUGAGAGAUUCCUUGAGGUUUCUGAAAUUACUCUUCAGGAAUUUUUCAACGCCAUUUCAACUGCUAAAGAUUCUGACCCCUCUUGGAAGAAGGCAAUCUACAAGGUCAUCUGUAAGCUGGACAGUGAUGUCCCAGAUGAGUUCAAAUCAUCCACCUGCCUAUAGACAGAGCAAGCAAAAGCCAUGCUCAAGGAAGGAAGGACAUUUUGAAAUCAUGCAUUGACAAUAAAUUCCGAUUUUAACCCAUUGCCAAUGAAUUGGAUUUUAGUGAGGAAAUUCUGGAAAAAAACAUGAUGUUGUAAAUGACGUAUUAUACACUGCAGGAACCUACUUAUGGCACACACUUUGUACCGUCUCAGUAAACACAUUAUAACACUGCUUCAGCUCUCUCCUAUGAGUUUUUGGUAACACAUACUUGACACCAAGGUUAUAACCAUGUCAUAAUAUCUCAUAACAGCUGAUUAUGACAACUACAUAAGAGGGUCACAACCCACAUUUAUUCAAAAUCUUUUUUUUCCCUGCCAAGAAGUUUCCUUUAAUUUGAAAGUUUGUUUGUUCAAUAUUUUGAUGUUGUUAUGAAUUCUUUAGUCAUGGUUUUUUCAUCAUAUUUUAAAUAACUUGUAGAAAAUACACUUUAUGAUACUGUCAUGAAGCAUUAUGAGCAUCCUGUGUCACUUUACUUGGACUAAGAAAAUACACGUUAUGACACUGUCAAGAAGCAUUAUGACCAUCAUAAUCAUAUAAGCCAGAUAGGCCUAUCACGUACAUGCCCUUAUAUCAGUCAUCAGUCAUCUGCUCCUGAAAUCUGCUCCUGCAUUCAUCCCAGUCAUCAUCAACAGAGUAGGUAGGUGUAGGUAGGUGCAUGUCUGACAUCAAUGUUUGUGCAAUUACAAUGAUAAUUCAAUAUGCUCAAUUAAAACAUUUAAAAAUAAUUAAAUAUAUAAAACAUAAACAUACUGUUGACACAUAGGCUAUGGUGUAACGGAAUGUUUUGCCUUUUGUGGUAGGUUUUGUGGGUUUUGACACUAUUAUGUAGGUGUCAUAACCAGCCAUAAAAUAACGCAAUAUGUGUCACAACAGGUGUAAAUAUAUGUGUCAUGACAGUGUUAUGACCAUAUUAUAACAGGUUAUGACAAGUUAUGUCAGCUGUUAUGACAUAUAAUGACAUGGUUAUGACCGUGGGUGCCAAGUAAAGUGUUACUGAGUUUUUUUUAAAGAAUUAGCUGAGAGCAGAUAGUAUUACUGUGUCGUUGUGUUUUCAUGUGGAUUCAAUUAAUACAAGAUGUAGUUGCAUGUUUGUAGAUUUACUGAUAUUUAAAGGCAGUGUUUCAGUACUAUAGUGUACUUGCUAGGUCUGGUAGACUUACAAGUGUUAAGACAUUUGUACUUUUUAUACAUAUUUUACUUAUGCUUCCUCAAUGGACAUUGGAUUUAAUUGUCUCUAUAAGUGAGAGAAAGAUUCAUUCGUAUCAAGUGUUUUAUGUAAAUGUAAAUACGCUACAAUUACAUUUGGAUACUCUAAAGUGUUUAAGACCAAAUAAAUAACCUAAUAACAUGUAAAUAUUGCAAAUGACCAGAAACUUACAUGUACAAAAAAAGCUGUUUAGAUGUUUGUGUGCCUAUUGCUAUAGUCUAUGGCCUACUGUCAUCUUACUUCCAUAGACACCAUAUUUUGAGUGGUUAUUUGAUAGUCCAGCUGAUAGAUUAAAGCUGCACUUAACUUCA